AUGGCACCGACAGAUCAAAAAAUGAAAAAUAAGAAAUUUACAGCGAAACAGGGCAACUGGAAAAAAUCUCAAACUAACGCACAGGGUGUCAAGAAGAGGAAGUGGGUCCCCGAGCACAAAGUAUUCGAAGGAAAUCUUAAAGAAGGUCAAGGAUUUGCUUUUAAGAGGAAGGAGAAAGUCAAACAUGAGUACAACAAGCUGCUGCGGAAGGAGAGGAAGAAGAACCCAGUGUCCAAAUCGCUCUACAAGGAGGAAUACCCAGAGCACCUCAGGCAUCUGUACAUGGCCGAGGCAGAGAAGCUGAGGAACGAGGCCUGGGCCCACAGGAUGAACAGGAGUAAGCUGAGGAUGAAAGGGAAGGAGAGGGGAGAAGAAAGAGGGGAAGAUGAAGAUGAAGAUGAUGAUGAUGAGGCUGCUGCUGCACUCCAGAGUGAAGCUGCUGAUCCAGAUCCAGAGGUGACUGGUGGAUCUGAGCUGACUGAUUCUGUCACGGAGAACCCAGACGUAACAUCAGCCACAGAUAAAGAAAGUCUUCCAAUGAGCAACCGGAUGAAGAAGAAGCUGCUGAAGAAGACGUCGUAUCAGAGGACAAAAGAGGAAUUUGAGUUGAUCAAAGAGAAACGGAGAAAAAAGAAAGAGGAGUUCCUGAAGAGCAAGAAGCAAAGAGAGGAAGCCAUUGAGAAGUACAAGCAGAAAAAGUUGGAGACGUUUCAGAUGCUUAGCAAGAAGACGAGGAAGGGACAGCCCAACCUGAACCUCCAGAUGGAGUAUUUGCUCCAAAAGAUCCAAGGAACCGGGAAAUGACACCCGAAUCAGAAAGAGACUGGACUUAUUUGACUGUUUUUAAGAAAGAAAAAAAAACACAGGACGAUCAGGACUACAGAGAAAUGCUCUUUUCCAUGGUGUUUUGUUUUUUUUUUUAAUUCCUUUUGCUAAGUAUUUUGUCUAUGUAAAUCUAAUACUGUGCCCCGUUUUAAUCUCACACCACAAGAUGGCAUUGUAAGAUAUGAAGAGACUGGAAAAUAUGCUCAUGUAAGACAUUUUGACCAAUAAAUGAAAGAGUUCCCUUCAA